AGAGGACGCACCAAGAAAUAUGAAAGCUGAUCCGUGAAAAGACAGACACGAGGAAGUGUCACAACUAUGGAUUCUGGGUCGGGUAUCACGACGACGCAGACCCCAAAAAAUAUCGUCACAAGAACAAACCGCAUCUGUUCACAUGGUUGCAUGAUCAGUGUGAAACAUUUGAGGUAUGGGAGAAGAACCAACCCAACGAUAACAUCAGCGAAAGUGAAGAGGGGCAGAAUUGUGUACAGUUGUGGUAUAGACCAACAAAGAAUGGUAACUUUGAUGAUGAGUAUUGUUACGAAAAGAAAGGAUAUGUGUGUCAAUUUCCAGAAGAAUGCAGUUGCGCUUGAGUACAUCCGUACCAUGCCAACGUCCGACAGUACAGUGAAUACACCGACCAACGCUAUUUGUGCUUGCACCGUCUGAUAUAAAUACUCGACAUAUAUUGUUUUAUUAUAUGUUAUUCUAAUUAUUACAUGGGUACUUUUUUACAUGGGUACAUUUUUGUUUUGCUUCCUGGUGCAAUAAAUAUGCAAAUUACA